AAGAAAACAGAGAACAGAUGGAGGAAUUUGAAGAGUAUAGUAGAGAUAUUUUAGUUGUGUGGGUGUUAGCAUCAUAAAAAUUUGAUCUCUCACAUUUACAUACACAUUUGUUCUUUCCCAACUUGUGUUAUGAAAUCAGAAAUCAGUUAAAUUUCCAGCUAAUAAACAACAAUGUCUAAAGCUUUUUUUGCCUCAAACACUAUUCUUCCGCCAUGGAAUUCCUCUGAGCCACCAUUAAUCCCCUGUAAUUCCCAAUUCCACUUCAAACCCACCACCCGCCGUCACCUUAUCACCUCAAUCUCCAUCCUAAUAACUCCAUUUUUGGCUAGUGACCCAUUUAGCCCCUUUCCAUUACCAGUGUCCCAUGCUCGUGGGCUUUUUCAAAUGCCCCCUUUUCGCCUCACUAACAGGUACUUUUUGGUGAGAGCAGGGGAAUCGGAAUAUGAGAGUCUGGGGCUGAUAAAUACUAACCCAGUAGCCAAAACAUCGGUGGAUAAUGGGCUGUCUGAGAAAGGGAAGAAACAGACAGUUAGGGCGGCGUUUGAUUUGAAGGAAAUGAGGGCUUGUGAUGGGAAUUGUUGGAUUUGGCCUUCAAUCACUCAGAGGGCUUAUCAGGCUGCUGAGAUUAUCGCUGCUGUUAAUGGUGUUAAUCGAAGCCAUAUAGUCCCUGAAUAUAGCUUUCUCGAUGCUCGUGGAUUGGGGGCAUAUGAAGGGAAAAGUUUGGAUACUAUAUCUAAAGUGUAUGAAUCAGAUAGCCUUUCUCCAAACAUAAAGCCACCUCCUACUGAUGAUGGAACACCUAAUGAGAGUGUUUUGGAUGUCUUUGUUCGUGUAACACAAGUUAUGUCGAUUCUUGAAACUCAAUACUCUGAGGACACAGUCAUUAUAGUCUCACCAGAUUCUGAUAACUUGACAAUUCUGCAAGCUGGUUUAACAGGGCUUGAUCUUCGAAGGCACAGGGAUCUUUCUUUUGGGCCAGGUGAAGUUAGAUUUGUUGACACUAGCAGCAUACCUACCUAUAAGCAACCUGCAUCCACAGUUUAUAAAUGCUUAAACCCCCCUAGCUGUACAUGACAUUAUACUCCUAAGCUUGGAUUUCACCACCAAGAAUGCAGCUUUUAGUUGAAAAGUUCCUUAUAGAGUUGCUGCUAUAGUAGAAUCGAUCAGUGCUUCAAGUAAAUGUGAGUCGUUGAUUUACUUGUAUAUAAAUCAUCAUCAUUUUCAAUCACAAAUGCUUAAUAUUUGAAUUUCAGCAGGAUCAUUUCUUAUCAUUGUUGGUGAAGAUGGGCUCAGGCAGCUGUAUAGUUUUUCUUCAACCAAGCUUAAAAGGUUCAUUGGAUCAUAAUAUUUUCUGUUGGAACAAGUGCUUAUUGCUGUUUUUGAAUUUUAAACUCAAGAUUGUCGGAUUGUAUAAAUUUCUUUUUGCGCUGAUUUUAUAUAUAAGAGAUAGGUGUCAAAAACACACCUAAACUAUUCCCUUUUUUUGAGUUUCAUAUAUAAGCGAUAAGUUUCCAUGGAGAUA